CCACUGUCAUUGUCGGUCGGCCUGGGCCGAUUCUCUGCGUCUUAUCUCCGCCACCAUCGAUUCAAUUGCCACUGCAUGCAAGUAAAAGACACAAACAUUAACGAAAUUCCCACUUCAGAUACCUCCCAGAUCAUCAGAAAUGGCGGCCCUCGUCCUCAGGGUGGCGCAGGACGGCUCCGGCGACUUCCGGACGGUGCAGGAGGCCAUAGACGCCGUCCCACUCUGCAAUACCCGUCGCACCGUGAUUCGCGUCGCUCGCGGCAUCUACAGGCAGCCGGUGUACGUGCCCAAGACGAAGAACCUCAUCACGCUCGCGGGUCUGGCUCCGGAGCUCACUGUGCUCACCUGGAACAACACCGCCACCAAAAUCGAGCACCACCAGGCUUCUCGGGUGAUUGGGACUGGGACUUUCGGGUGUGGGAGUGCUAUUGUGGAAGGAGAGGAUUUUAUUGCAGAGAACAUUACUUUUGAGAACUCCGCUCCUGAGGGUUCAGGUCAAGCUGUGGCAAUUAGAGUAACAGCUGAUCGAUGUGCCUUCUAUAACUGCAGGUUCCUUGGAUGGCAGGAUACCCUGUACUUGCAUUAUGGAAAACAGUAUCUGAAAGAUUGUUAUGUUGAAGGAAGUGUGGACUUCAUUUUUGGCAAUAGCACGGCGCUUCUGGAGCAUUGUCAUAUCCACUGUAAGUCAGCAGGUUUCAUAACUGCCCAAAGCAGGAAAUCUUCCCAGGAAACAACGGGAUAUGUAUUCUUAAGAUGUGUAAUCACUGGAAAUGGAGGGACUUCAUAUGCAUAUCUGGGACGACCGUGGGGACCUUUUGGAAGAGUUGUUUUUGCGUAUACAUUUAUGGAUGGAUGCAUCAAACAUGUAGGAUGGAAUAAUUGGGGUAAAACAGAGAAUGAACGAACUGCUUGCUUUUAUGAAUACAGGUGUUUUGGACCGGGUAGUUGCCCAUCCAAACGGGUGACAUGGGCAAGAGAGCUGGUAGAUGAGGAAGCAGACCAGUUCCUCCAGCAUCGUUUCAUUGAUCCUGAUCCAGGAAGGCCUUGGCUUGCUCAGAGAAUGGCCCUAAGAAUACCGUAUUCUGCCUAGGAGUUAAAAACAUGGGAAUGAUCCCAACAAAGAUAGUCGAGUAUAUUGAAAACAUUUUACGACGAAAGAAUAAGAUAUGCAACAUAGCUAUUUCAAAUCCUGUGUUCUCAAGGUGCAAGAGGCGUUACACGGUCACUUUUAGCGUUUAAGCUUCGUAUCAGAUGUAAUUGCUUGUGCUGAAGAAUUCGUUUGAUUUGGCUUUUAGGUUUGUCCAGGAUAAUAUAGAUCAACUUGUUCUGUUAUGUGUAUUCAUGUUUGGCCUGCAACAUGGAUGGUUAAUGUGUGUACUUUUCUUGUGAUGAAAAACCCCCUUUCCCUUUGGACCUU